GAAUUCUGCAAUAGAAACAAAUCUUAUUGUUUCGCUAGCCUCUGUAAAAACACAACUAGAACUACACGGCUUUAAAUUUAUCAACAAGCUGUUGAGGUUAAUGAAAAUCAAAUUUUGUUUGAUUGGUAUACACAUAUUGAAUCAGGAAAGACGGAGAAAAUAUAAAUAAGAUUACUUCUUCUCUAAGUACUCAAAAUUUACUAAUUGUCACAAUGAUACAUCAGAAUAGUUCGACAGAACUAUAAUGAGAUACCUAAUAAUAUGCCACCGUCAUAGCUAAAAAAAACAUUGUCCAUCAUUGCAUUAAUUUAGAAUGCGAUUUAUGUAUUGAUAUCAUUGAUAAGAUAGCCAAGUAACUAAAAUUACUCUCACAAUAAAGCGUGUUGGAAAAAUUAAAAUGGACUAACAAAAGUUUGACGUUGAAUAUCAGGGAAAGAAAUACAAAAUAGGAGAGUGCUAUUGUAUAAUGGUUGAAAGGUAGGGGUGACUCCCUAAAUAGGUCAGUUACUGUGUGGUAGAAUGAACUCCUAGAGUAAAGGCCACUACAUACAUAAGCUGUUAGAGCAGCUCCCACUCCCUUUUAUGUACCGUUAUUCAGAUGGUAGUGUCAGUAUUGUAUGGAUGCCUGCAUGCCUGUGUGUAUUACUAGUCUAUUCACUGCUGAGCAUUCUCUACACAGUCAGUUGUAAAUUUGUCUUCAAGAGUGAAUAUCCAUUGUAGAGAAGUGGUUUAACAUAAUUAAAAUUAAGUAUUGCGACGUAUGUCUAACGGCCAAAGCAUGUCUGAAUUAAAGAAAGUAACUCAAAAAAAGUCUGUUUUGAGUAGAGUCACUGGGUUAUUCCGUAAAAAAAAGGUGAAAGAAUGUAAUCAGUUGAAUACUGAAGGCCAAACAAAUAACCAUGCCUUUACCAAGGGGCAGCCUAACCAGGGACCAUCAGAGAGUUCUAAGCAAAAACUUGUCAAAAAGGUAAUCGACUCCGGUACAACAAGUAGCUCUGAAAUGUCAACUGCGAGCAGUAUUGAUCCAUCCAAUGCAGUGACGAAAACAAGCGUUAGAGGAGAUGAGCCAGUCUCUUGUACUAAGAGUCCAGAGCAAACAAAUAUCGUGGUUGAUGUUGAACUUAAUGAUCAUAGAAAUGGGAAAGUUACUGAUAAGAACACAAAUUCCGAAUUAUUAAAGUCGCAACAUGCCAGUGAUAAAAAUUACUUCGACAAAACCAAGGUUGUUGAAUCGUUUGAUCAAAAUUUUUCCAUCUCAAAAUCGGAGAAUCACAAUGCUACUAAACAUAUUUUGAUAGAUCGAUUUGAUCACAGUGUAAAAAUUAACUUGGAAACUGAAGAGGCAAAAUCUGAAAACAUUGAAGUAUCUAUCAAAGAUGUCGGUGAUGAAAUAUCAUCUUUGGAGCUUCUGAAGAAGAGAUGGUUCGAUAACCCAGAUAUGAGUGAUGUGAGAUGUGAAUUAAGAUCGAAAAAAAAAGAGGUCUUAGAACAUACAACACAAGGUCACUGUGACUUCAUGCAUGUAAAAAGGGAAAUUCUCAAUAUGAAAGAAACGCAGCUUACACAAAAAGAACAAGUUGAAAUUAAUCUUCAUGAAGAAGAAUUUCAUAGAGCCGAAAGUGAAAUAUCAACCAUAGUUGAAAACAAUGAAGUCGACCCGAAAGCAGACUAUUUUACAGCAGGAAAAUUUGCAUCUUACUUCCUGUUAGAGAUAGAAAAGCAAUAUAAUGAUCCUGAAGCAGUGUACAGUAUGGUUCGUUAUCAUGAAACCGAAGAUUCAGACGAUUCUGACUGGGAAGGUGAAAAUUCAUCAUCUGAAUCCACAUCUUCUAAUAUACCACCCCACAUGAGGCACCGAUUGUUGCAUCGACGAUCAGCUGAUAAUUUGAUAGUGAACUCACCCACUAAUUCUAUGAGGCACUCCAGCCCAGACUCAGUUAAAAGUGCGCCAAUACAGCUCAAACCAAGAUCAACAUCACACGAUGCUUUAUCGAAGAGGAAAGACAAACAAGCAGGUCAAACGGAUGGAGUGUCUACGGAUAGUCUUGCGAAGCAGACGUUACUAGCCGCACACGUUCUGAAUUUAAUACCAGCAUCGAAAGCUCGAGACAGAAACUUUUUACAUGGACGGAUCGCUGCAAACUCUUUACUGGGCCCAGUAGAAUUGGAAAAAGUACUUCCAAACAGAGAGAUAAGAAUAUUUAUUGGCACAUGGAAUAUGAACGGUCAAUCUCCGCCAAAGGAACUUAAUGAUUUCAUGCUUCCGUCUGGUAUGGAAACAGUACCUGAUAUGUUAGCCAUUGGAACGCAGGAGUCUUAUUCAGAAAAAGGUGAUUGGGAAGCUGCCUUACAGGAAACACUAGGUCCUUCACAUGUUUUGCUUACGAGUACAAGUCUUGGAACAUUACAUUUGGCAUUGUUUAUGAGGAGAGAUCUUAUUUGGUUCUGCUCUGUGCCUGAGGAUUCGAAUUUUUCAACUAGGCCGGGUACCGCAUUCAGAACUAAGGGAGCUGUGGCCUUAGCCAUUAUGCUAUUUGGAACUAGCUUCUUAUUCGUAACAGCUCAUCUAACUGCCCAUCAAGAUAAAGUCAAGGAAAGAGUUAAUGAUAUCAAAAGAAUUGUGAAGAAUUUGGAUUUACCCAAAGAACUUCCAACAAAAAAUAAGGAUCGAGAUGUUACUCAAAAUUUUGAUUGCGUUUUUUGGUGCGGGGAUCUGAAUUUCCGUCUAGCUCAACCACGUGAAGAAAUCAUUCAAUGGAUUGCAAAUACGACAUUCCCACAAGAAUCACCGAUUAAUCUACAAAAAGAUCAGUUACGCACAAUCUUGAAUGAAGGAGCCGUUCUGCGAGGCUUUGAAGAAGGUGCAAUAAUGUUUCCGCCCACCUACAAAUAUGACCCAGGAACACAAAACUUUGAUUCUAGCAACAAGCAGCGUACCCCAGCCUACACAGAUAGAAUUCUAUUCAAAGGUAAAAGUCAUACACAAGGUUAUGUAAAAACGGUCAGCUCCGAGAAUACAAGUUCGCACAAGGAUGGCAACUUGGAAUGUUUGAUAUAUGAUUCUGUACCCAGUAUAUGCACAUCCGAUCAUAAGCCAGUUUGGGGAGUAUUCAAAACUACCAUUCGCCCUGGAAUCGAUACCAUGCCGUUAGCAGCUGGAUUAUUCAAUCGAGAGAUUUAUUUGGAAGGCAUAAAGAGGCGAGCUGCAGCUAUGGAUGAUUCUAGCGGAACAUCACGGAAGAAUUCAAGAAAGGCAGCCCAGUAGACGUUAGGUAGAUGCAAUAAGCGAAGCAACAGCCGCUGCAUUAUGACGAACGUACUUGUUUCACAUGUAAUUCCACUUGGCAUGUAGUUCUCCAUUUCUCGGAACUGUGAAGUACAUAUUACAGAAAAUUAUAUAAUUUAAGAUGACUUAAUUUUUUUAAUAAAUUUGCACAUAACAUUUAGAAAUAAAAAGUACCUAAUACCACUAAAUAAAAAUUACCGGCACAGCUGCACUGGUAUAUGAAAAUAAAAGAUGUGAAGUAACGUUCUUUGCAUUGGAUAUUCCAUAGAUAAGUAGCAUACGUUUUUCUUCUUGGAAAAAAAAAGAUAAAUCAGCUAUGAGAAAACGCUAUCAUUUUGAAGUAUUCAUCACUUCCAACGCACUAAUUUCCUUUUUCGUCCUGUAUUAUAGGCGCAAUAUAAAAUUUUUAUUUAAUAUACAAGUUGCGUUUUGAUAAUUUUUACUUUCAAGGAUAUGUUUAUCUGGUUUCGAAGCUCCAUUUUGCAAAGGCCCUCAAAAAACUUGUUAAAUUUCAUAAUAUUUUCGGAAAGCUUAAUAGGUAUAGAAAUUGAAAGAGUUUAGAGUAGUGUACUAUAUAAUUUUCAAUUCGCUUUCCAAACUGGAACAAAAGUGCAGAGCAGAUUUGAGACAUCAUCUUGUUGUUGUGGUUUUUUUUUUUUUUUUUUUUUUUCAAUUCUCCAGAUGUACGGAUUGAGGUACUUAUUUUUAAAGCCACACGAAGCUCUAUUUUUGUUUCAAGAAAUUUAUAGAAUAUCCUCUGUGUGAAGUUAUUUCUGAUUUCAUUUAUACAGUACCGCUCAAAAGUUUGGAUACGCUUGUCAAAGUUUCUUGCCCCACCAAAAGUCAGCUAGUUAAGUCGAAAAAAAAAAGAUAAUCGGAUUCUUCAAACGGCACUUUGAAGAGGGCGAAUUCAGCAUCGAUUAGCUUAUUUUUGAAAGGUUUGAACAUUUUUUUUUGACCCAGUACGAAUUUUCCAAUGCGGCCAGUUUGGGCAAUUUUUUGCGCUUUGUGAAUCAUUGUAAUCUAUGGAAAAAUUUUUCGUCGGUGUAUUUUAUGGAAAACUAAAAGAGGACGUCAAGAGCUUUAUUUUCAUUUGUCUACAAAGUUUCCAACGAUUUUUUUGGCGCCAUUAUUGCAUUUUUUUCGACAAGGACAAGUUUUAAAAAAUGCGGGAGGUGUCAAGGAGGUGAAAAAUUGCGUGGGUUCACACUGGAAUGGCUGAAAUUUUGUUCGAAAUUUCUUUUUACGAAUCCUGGUUGGGACUCCGAGUGGAGGGGCUCCAUUUGAAAAUUGUGGGGUUUAGAACCAUACAUCAAGAGAGAAAAUUUGUUUCUCAUUUUAUUUUCAACCGACUUGAAUUUGUUUUAGAAGUAUUGCUACAAUUAUUGCAAAAAAUUUUUCAAACGCUUUUGAAACAUCAUUUUCACAAUUUAUCGAAUAGAAUUCGGAAAAUCAUCGUCAGUUGAAUUGUCGAGUCCCGACCGGUGCAAAGGCAAUUUUCUUUCCAUGAAAAACUGCUACAGAUGAAGUAAAAGACUCGAAUGACUAUUUUUUUCUGUUGAUUGAGUUUUUUUUUGUCUUAGAUUUGACAGCUCUUGAAAUUCAACCAAGCUUCAAAAAUUUCCGAAGCUGGCCGCAUUGGAAAAUUCGUACCGGGUCAAAAAAAAAUAUUAAAAUUUUUUUAAAAUGAGCAAAGUGAAGGUAAAUUUGUCCUCUUCAAAACGCCUUUUGAAGAGUCCGAUUAUCUUUCUUUAUCGACUUGACUAUCUGACUUAGUGCGGCAAGAAAUUUCGACAAGUGUAUCCAAACUUUUGAGCGGUAGUAAAUUUAAGUAAUUAGUUUAAAACAUAUUAUAUAAUUGAUGUGUGACAAGGUCUCACAUAUUGUUUUAUGUAUAGUAUACAUACAUAAAUAUAGGCAUCUGUUUGAGAACAAACUGCUUACAAUUAGACUCUAGUCAAGACACCAUAGAAGCAAUAGCUUCUAAUAUUCUUCCGAUAAUUGAAUUGGAAAAAAUACAUGUUGACCGCAUGGUCCUACCAAAAGCCAUCAUUGAUCACUUGAAGCUUGUCUCAAUCAACCUAAUAAAGGAUUGCUUACAAUUUUAUCACAAAAAUUAUUUAUGUAAAUGGCACAUUUUAUUUAUUAGAUAGUAAAUUCAAUCAGUAAAUAGGUAAUAUAUGCUACAUUAAUAGCUUGUUUAUCUAAACAUUAGAAAAUACUUUUGAAAAUAUUGAUUUGGUAUUGACUAUGAGAAUUACAAAUAUUGUCUUCAUUUUCGUAGUAAAAUUAAUGUAUUAAUUCUUACAUAAUUACUUUUGAUGGGAUUAAUGUUGGUUCAUAAUUUUAUGCCAAUUGAUAAUACUUGGGCUGGUGGCAGGAAAAGUAAUCAUUGGAUCAACUUAUUCGUAAUGUACAAACUGGUCCUUCCAGGGCAAUCAUACAGAAUCAAUUGUAGUAUGAAAUAUAUCAUCUUUUUUGGUUGUACGUGUGUUUACUCAUAUGUUCAGAAAAUCCAAUGAAUACUUUUUCGGUAUGAAUCAUUUGACCUCUGAAAUUUGAGGAUUUCCUCCCAAUUAAUACAAACUAUGUUUCACAUUUGAUUAAAUUCAUACAACUUAUGACUCACUUUUUUCUAUUUCGUAUCGAAGCCUUUAUUUCAAUUAGUACCCUUGAAACCAUUGAGAAUGAAUUGCAAAUGAUUUAUCUUAAUAUUCACAGGAAUUAAAUGUCCUAAAAAAACGUUGCCAAAGUUUGAUAAUCAGAUAGCCAUUUAGCAGCACGCCUUACACGUGCCUUACAUACAAAUCGUCAUGCGUAUGACGGUAUUUCUCUGGCAAGUUCUUUUCUUGCAGUUUCUCUAUUUUCAAAUUAUACUCAACAAUUCCAAAACUAUGUUUUUUAAUAACACUGACCAUGAUUAUGAAAAUUACUGCUAUAAAUUUUCAUCUCAAUUCUUAUUACUAACAAGAAGAAAAUAUAUAAUGAAUCAACUUUCAAACUGAUUUCUCAGAAACGAGGGGCUGAUGCAUAAAAUGUCAAUAACAAAAAACUAAUAAAAUGUCAAAUGUCAGUCUCGUAUUUAGGGUAAAUCCCUACGAACACUCGAGGCAUAUCUAAAUUCGCGUGUAACAGAUCUGACAAUCCCGUUGCGUGUAGAGAGAAAUACCAGAACAUGAUUGCUGCAUAUUUUUUUUUUACACCUUGGGUUGAAAUUCAAAACCAUGUUCUGUAAAUGAUAGUACAAUGUAAUAAAUUUUGAAAAUUUAUGCAUUAAUUAUAUUUGGCAAAGCAUAAUUGCAUCAAUGUUAUGCUAUAUUGCUAAAAUAGCUGUACUAAAAUGGAUUUUUCAUUUCAAUUACAAAUAACAAAUACAGUCUGAGAUGCCAAAUAGUCAAUUGCAACUCAAAUAUAGAUGAAUGAAUAUAAGAAGACUGUUGCAGGUGUUCAGAUCUGUUAGCAAUCGUGUACCUCUUCACAAUGGCUGAGCCAUGGAAAUGAUAGGGCAUUUACCUGGUUUCAAUGUCAAAUGUAGAUCAGAAUCAAAAAACCACUGCUAAAUGAAUUACCGCUGAGUCGAAACUAUAAGCUUGCAAUUGUCCUGAAAUCAAUGACUCGUAACUUUUGCUAUAAUAUAAAAAUUAAAAAAUCAUUGUAUGAAAAUAUUAUGUUUGUAUGCAAAAUUGUAAUUGCUGUAAUAAAAAGUAUGAAUUGACACUA